AUUCUCCAUACCUGAACACGUCGAUCGCUCCGCCGGCCAUCGAACGCCGGCUAUCGAACGCCGGUCACCCUGUCAACCUUCUUCACCCCGAACACACCCGAAAAUCCUACAUUUCUCCAGCACGGAGUUCAACCGGUACCAAGAUUCGCGGAUGAAAUGCUCGCGGUUUUCGCAUAGUCACAGGCUACCGAGAGUUCGCGGAAUCUUCGUGGAUCAGGAGAGCAGUGAGGAAGGUUCGCAGGAUCUUCGUGGAUAAGGGGAAAAGGGAUGAAGGAAGUUUCUGAAAGAUUCGCGAGGUGGUAGAGAAGUGACGAAUCUUCGUGUGGAGCCUUCGCGAGUUAGAGAAGUGACGAAUCUUCGUGGAGUCUUUGCGAUAUAGAGGGAAGGUUCGUAGGACUUUUGUGUUGUAGUAUAGAGACUGUAUUCCUGUGUAAUGUAACAGGGAAAGUGACGAAAGACGUGGGACAAAGAGUGGUGAUAUUGAGAUUAGGGAAGUGAAGGGCAGUGGCUGAAUUAGGUGUGUCAGUGGGGCUAAUGUGGAUUGGACGAGCGAAUAUCGAGGAUUACCUGUGUAUGCAGUGAUAAAGAAAAAUCCAAGAGCCUGUCAUCAAUAUCGUAGUUCAAAAUGAGCUGCGAGAAGUCAGAUAAGGAGAUAGAGUCAGCUUCAGACGAGAUGGACAGCUACGUGGUUCAGCUGCCAAGAUCUCUGAACAUCGAAGAAAAGAAGUAUCUGUUGGCAGUGGAACGAGGCGAUCUGGUGAACGUGAAGAGGUUCAUCCAAUUGGCCAAGAAAGGCGGAGUCAAUGGCAAACCACUGGACAUAAACUGCGUGGACAGUUUGGGUCGAGGGGCUCUGUGUUUGUCCAUCGACUCUGAGAAUUUGGAGAUGGUCGAGCUGCUAGUGGUGAUGGGCGUCGAGACCAAGGAUGCCCUUCUUCGAGCCAUCGAUCAGGAGUUCGUGGAGGCUGUGGAGCUGCUGCUGGAACACGAGGAGCUUCUCACUGCUGAUGCAUUGGCUGAGAACAACUCCACGAAAGAGGUGAUUCACAGCUGGCAGAAGAUCGAUCCAGCAUCCGCGAGGUAUCCGCCAGAAAUCACACCACUGAUCCUCGCGGCGCAGAGAAACAACUACGAGAUCCUCAAGUUGCUGCUCGACCGUGGCGCCACCCUACCUAUGCCGCACGAUAUCAGAUGUGGAUGCGCCGAUUGUUUAAGAUCCACCACGGGCGAUCCUCUGAGACUUUCGUCGACUAGGAUUUCCGAGUACAAAGCACUGGCAAGUCCAAGUUUGAUAGCUCUCAGCUCGCCAGACCCUCUGCUCACUGCUUUUCAAUUGAGCUGGGAACUUCGAGAACUGACAAUCGCCGAACCGGAAAGCAGGGGCGAAUAUCUGAAGCUUCGACGACAGGUCGAGAGAUUCGCUGUUGAUCUGCUGCAACAAGUGCGAACCACCACAGAAUUACAGACGAUCCUCAACUAUGAUCCGGAGGAUGAGGAGAACUUGUCCACGAAGCAGCUGGCCAGAUUAGAAUUGGCUAUACAAUAUAAGCAGAAAACUUUCGUCGCCAAUUCCCACGUGCAGCAACUGUUGGCGGCGAUCUGGUACGAUGGUCUACCUGGCUUUCGUCGCAUGAGGAUGGGCCAAAAGUGUGGAAUUCUCGCGAAAACUGCCGUGAUGUUCCCAUUCUACUCGAUGGUGUACCUACUAGCACCGGAAUCUAAAACUGGCCAACUAGUCCGAAAACCAUUCGUAAAAUUCCUCGUCCACGCUGCGUCCUACUUGCUCUUCCUAUUUAUUCUGAUGUUGGUGUCCCAACGAGCAGAAGUGGAAAUAGUGAAGAUGUUUGGCAGCGUGGAUACGAAGAGGAAUGUUGAGGCGGAGCUGGCGAGGCAAAGAGGCGCAGCCCCGUCGAUUCUCGAGUGUAUCGUAAUCCUCUACGUUCUUGGAUUUAUUUGGCAAGAAAUGAGAGAGGCUUACGUGGACGGAUUGAAGGCAUACUUGCGAGACAUGUGGAACUUCAUUGACUUCACUAGAAACUUCCUCUAUGUCGCGACGGCGGUGCUCAGGCUAGCUGCAUAUCUUCAGCAGAGAGCUGAGAUUAGUCAGGACCCAAUGGCGGCUUUGGUUCCCAGGGAAACCUGGAGCGAUUUCGAUCCUCAGCUAAUUGCAGAGGGUUUGUUCGCCGCGGCCAACGUCUUCAGUGCCUUGAAACUGAUCCACCUGUUCAGUAUCAAUCCUCAUUUGGGUCCUCUUCAGAUAUCUCUGGGCAGAAUGGUGAUAGACAUCGUCAAGUUCUUCUUCAUCUACACCUUGGUGCUCUUCGCGUUUGCCUGUGGUCUUAACCAGCUCCUCUGGUACUUUGCUGAAUUAGAAAGGAGGAAGUGUUACACUGGUUUCACAGAUCCAUCUUGGGAUGCUGCCAGCGAGCCUUGUUUGAGAUGGAGAAGGUUCGGCAGCCUUUUCGCGUCGUGUCAAAGUUUCGAACUGACAGGUAUCAAGUCGUAUACUCGAUUUUGGGGUCUGCUGAUGUUUGGUUCUUACUCUGUGAUCAACGUGAUCGUCCUGCUAAAUCUCCUGAUCGCCAUGAUGAGCAACAGCUAUGCUGUCAUAGAGGAACGUGCAGACAAGGAAUGGAAGUUCGCAAGAACGAAGCUGUGGAUGAGCUACUUCGAAGAGGGCGGCACUGUUCCUCCUCCGUUCAACAUCAUUCCACCACCCAAAUUGUUCCUUAGACUGUGUGGUCUCCGCAAAAAGAAGUUCACCAGGACGACGAGCGAUCGCAAGAAAGCACAGGAAUCCAAAUAUGGAGCAGUAAUGAGAGCACUAAUAUGGCGGUACGUCGUGAAUGCUCAUUCUGAACACGAAAUGGAUCCAGUCACCGAAGACGACGUUCAUGAACUCAAAUCGGACUUAUCCUCGUGGAGGUGUGAAUUGCUGGAUAUCUUGCAGAGGAAUGGCAUGGACAUCGCUGGAGCUGACACUAAAGAGAGAACUAUACUGGGCAAGAAGAUGAAAGUGUGGGAGAGAAGACUGAUGAAGGACUUCCAAGUGACAGUUCCUGUAAACGGUUCAGAGAUCGAAGAGGAGCUGGGAUCUCUUCAACCAUCUGAAGAUGAAGAUAACAUCGCCAGAUGGAAGAGAAUCGCUAAAUUAGCUGUAUUACAAUCGGCUAAUCAUCGUUGGAGCCAGGUAGUGGACAGCGCCGUGAAGAGUUCUCAGAUCGGCAAAAGCACCAGCAGAGCGUCCCUUCAAAAUCAACUGAGCUUGAAGAAAGCCAUGGAAGAAGCACAGAAAUUAAGCAAUAAGAAUCCUUUACCACCUAUAUCGCCUAUAGAGAUACAAGAAAGCACGACUUCAACGAUUCUUCAUGUUCUCAAAGAUAUCACUGAGACUGAGGAUGCCUUGCACGAAACAAAACCCGAGCCCCCGAUACUUACUGUCAUAUCAGAUUGCAAUAAACCUUCGAAUAAACAGAAGCCCGUGAUGUCGAUGGACUACGUCGACGAGAAACCCAACAAGAUUGCACCACCAGCACCGCUUCGUACACCGCCACGGGUUGUCAAAAGGAAGUCCUCGAAUUCUUCGAUCCCAGCCUAUCAACAAUCUGCUGAUACAACAUUAUCAACUCACUCCAUAAAAAGUUCUAAAUAUUCAUCUGAUUCUUCUGUGGAGAACGUGAACAAAUCUAACACUGGUAAUGCUGGCACAGAAUCUACAUUGUCUCCGCCCACAGAUAAAACGAUAAAAUCGCGAUUGAAACCUUCGCUAAGCCCUAAAAAGAGUUCAAACAUGCCAGAAGAUAAAGAGAAACUAGUAGAUGUUAUGCCUAAAUCGCCACGAAUAGCGAACAGUAGGUCACCUCGAAGAGGAGGCUGGUUGUAAAGCAAUGGAUAUAUAAAUAAAUAAAAUAAAACAUGUAACUUAUGAAAUUAGUUUAAGGACUUCUGAACUGAAGAAAUGAAACUCCUUUAUUUUGUAUUAUUUAAAAUCAAUUGUUAAAUUUGGGAUUUAAAAUUAAAAUAUACACUGACACAACAUUUU